AUGGAAAACUAUGCAAUAGUUGAACUUAUAGGGGAGGGUUCCUUUGGUAAGGUUUAUAAAGCAAGAAGAAAGGGAACAGGUCAUAUUGUAGCCAUGAAGUUUAUCGUGAAGAAAGGAAAAAAUGAUAAAGAACUGCUGAAUCUUCGCAGUGAAAUAGAAAUUAUGACUAAGCUUAAUCACGAUAAUAUUAUAACUUUGUUUGAAGCUUUUGAGACACAACAAGAAUUUGUUGUAGUUAUGGAAUAUGCUCAAGGGGAACUUUUCGAAAUACUUGAGGAUGACAAAAAACUUCCUGAAGAUGUCGUUCAAAGAAUAGCUAAACAAUUGGUACAGGCUCUUCAUUAUUUACAUUCAAAUAGAAUUAUGCAUCGAGACAUGAAACCACAAAACAUUUUAAUAGGUCAAAAUGGAUCUGUAAAACUAGCUGACUUUGGUUUUGCCAGAUCAAUGAGUUAUAAUACUAUGGUAUUAACUAGUAUUAAAGGAACACCACUUUAUAUGGCACCAGAACUUGUACAGGAGCAACCUUAUAAUCAUUCAGCGGAUUUAUGGUCCCUUGGAUGUAUUCUUUAUGAAUUAUUUUAUGGUAAACCACCAUUUUAUACAAAUCAUCUCUACAAAUUGAUUAACCAAAUUGUGAACGAUCCUGUUAAAUUUGAAGAACCUAUAUCUCCUGAUUUUAAGUCUCUUUUAAGAGGACUUUUGACAAAAUCUUUCUCUGCGAGGUUAAAUUGGCCUCAUUUACUUAACCACCCAUUUGUUGCCAUAUCUGAAGAAGACGGAAAAUGGCAGAUGCCAAUAAAACAACAUGAUUUGGAAAUGAAGGAACGUAUGGAUAGAUUAGAAUGUUUUCGGCUUCAUGCUCAACCAAAUAGAGUUUAUAAAAGUAAUACCGGACGUGAAUCUCGUGUUGCCGAAAUUCUACGAAAUUGUUCCCUUAAUUCCAGAGAAGAUUCAUUAUUUUCUCAAUCUACAGUUGAAUUAAUUUCUUCUUCAACUAAAUCUGAAGAAUUAGUUGAAAAAUUAAAGUCUUUGGUGGCCGCAGGAGAUUCUUUAACAUCAUCUCCUGUAGAAAAUAGUGCUUUAUUAGAAAGAAUUCCACGUUUAGGAAUACUGAGAGUUGUUUUGAGACGUUUGAACAACAAAGAAUCAGUGGAUAUUAUUCGAUAUUCUUUGCAAUUUAUUUGUAAACUUGUAUUUCCUGAAAGAGGAACUAUUUUACCAUUUCCUUCACAAUAUUCUCGACAAGAGGUGAUAAAUUCUUUGCAACAACGAAGUGAAUUACCACCAGUUGAUCUUCUUAUACGACAACAAGUUGCAUUGGAUUUAAUUGAAAAACCGCAUGACGUACUUGAAUUUUUGAUGCGAGAGGUUAUAGAAAAUCGUUAUAAUCUUCGUGAAGACUGUGUAAAGAUAAUUUUUCAAUGCGUUAAAUGGGGAACUGGUUUCGGACCUGUUUUAACUCAAUUAAAGAUUUUUCCGGUUUUUUGGACAGCUUUGCUUGAUUCUGUAACAGAGUCAACAGUUGAAGAAAAAAGUCCUUUUCGACCAUACGCUGCUGUUGCAUUUCAUGCAGUCUCAACACUUGUUCCACACAUAAAAUUAUCUUCACCAGAUCAAAUAAACGCUCAUAAAGUUUCUUCAUUUGUUUCAAUUGGUUUAUUGGUACUAUGCUACUAUGACUCUUCUGCUGCCGGAGAUAUUGCUGCUCUUAAUUGUGCUGCAGCUGCAGCUAUUUUGGUAGCUUUUGUACAUCGUGAAAUGAAAGAUACUAUUAUUUUUGAGCCAGAUUCCGUACUUUUAGAUGGACUUUGCGCAAUUGUAGAAGGUGUACUAGGAGUAUCUGACCGAUUAGUGGUUCCACGUGCUCUUGGAACAAGUUAUGGAUACGCUGAUCAUGGUUUAUUAGAUGGUGUUGUACAUAUGCUUUCUGUCAUGUUUUCUGAUACAAAGUCUGUAUUAUAUCAUCAGAGUUCUAAUUCUACAAGUCGAAAAUUUCUUGAUAUUGAUAAAAAAGGAUUACUUCGCACUGUAAUUAAAUUACUUCGUGAUAGUGAUAGCAAAAGUGAAUUAUCACCAAAUGGUGUUUUGGCAGCACUUCGUUGUGUUCAACAAGCUGCGCAACAUCAGAGAGAAAUGACACAUUCAAUAAGUUUCUUCUUGGAUUCUAUUGAACCUUAUUCUGGAGAUGGUGGUAACCCAAUUUCUGUAGUUGCUGUUAUUUGUCGUCAAUUGCGAAGCAAUUAUAUUAAACAACUUCGUUUCUGGCCAGAAUGUAGAGGUGGAGGAACUAUUGGUGUAAAUGCUCAUCUAACAAUUGUUGUUCAAAUUUUGUUAACAACAUUUUAUCCAAUAACACAAGGUUCUGAAUCUGAUGAUGAGGUCAUUGGUGCUAUACAACAAAUACUUUACAAAGAAGGUCUUAUGGAAUUGCUUAUCACUGCUCUUGAAUACACAGAAGUGGCUUUUUGGGGUCCACCUUUUGCACUUAUUACUAAACUGGCUAUGGGAACUCCUGUAUUUGCCAAAGCUUUUGUAGAUGGAGGUGGUUUACAUCCUGAACGGAUAAAGAAAAUUUUGGACUCAAAGAAAGCGAGUACUGGUCUUGUUUCUGAUGGACUUAAUGUACUUUCUCAACUUGCUCGUCUAUCAAAGGAUUUCUAUCCCCCUAUUCACAGCGCAAACCUUUAUGACAGUUUUUUGGAUCUUCUUCGGCAUAAAGAUGCUGGUAUUCGGAGUAAAAUGUGUAAUCUUAUUGGAAAUUUGUGUAAACAUUCACCUUACUUUUAUGAACCUUUGGCGAAGCAUAAAAUUAUUGAUGUUCUUGUUGAGAGGUGUAGUGAUACGGAUCCUACAACACAAAAAUUUGCAGCUUUUGCUGCUGGAAAUGCUGCGUUUCACAAUGAGAUGCUUUAUGAAAUGCUUCGACCAUCUAUUCCAGUUAUAGUAAAACUCUUAUAUAGUAGUGAUGAGAAAACGAGACAAAACGCUGCUGGUGCAGUUAGUAAUUUUGUGCGAAAUGGAAGUUCUCUCACUUCCGCUUUGUUGGAAAACAAUGGUGUUGAGGCUCUUUUGCGAAUACUUAAGAAAGACAAGAUAGGACUUAAAAAAAUAGCCCUUAUUACUAUAGGUUCUUUCUGUGCAUAUGAAGAUUGUAAAGGGAAAUUUUUGGCAUUAGGUUUAGAAGAUGUCAUAACACAACUGGAGCAAAGUGGCGCUUUUGAGGCUGAACCAUCAAUAGCGAAGUAUGUUACAAGAAUAAAGCAGAGAAUCAGUUCCUCAUAA